AUGGCUCUUCAUCUCUUUUGGCAAGAAAAAGAGCUUCCCACUCUUAGCCAGAGAGAGCUAGUCUCGACCCUUCUUGCGACAACACUUCUGUUGAUUUUAUUCCGCAUCUUGAUUUCUGUUUAUUAUCAAGCUUUCCAUCCAUUAUCUCAAUUCUCGGGUCCCCCAGGAGCUGCCACGUCCAGACACUGGGUGUAUCGAGUAACUGAUCGUGGCUUUCCCGAAGAGGACUUUGAGAGACUACACAAGCAAUACCAGACUCAUGUGCUGCGGAUUGGCCCCAAUGAGCUGCACAUCAGCGAUGUCGAGCAGUAUAGGAUUAUCUACAGCCAGAGCAAGCCAUUUCCCAAAUAUGGCACGUUUUACGAAGCGUUCAACACUCCCCAUACGGUCUUUACGGAAACAGAUAGAGACAUGCAUAAGGAACGACGUCGAUUACUUAACCCUUUGUUCUCGCGAGUUGGAGUAUUCAAACUCGAGCCGGUGAUUCACGAAAAGGUUGGAAUUAUGCUGAAAAAGAUUGACCGUCUAAAAGAAUCUCAGUCCAUCAACGUCUAUGAUGCUUUCAGAUGUCUCACGACUGAGGUCAUCAUGGAGUUCGCCUUUGCCAAAUCGGCCAACAUGUUAGAGGAAAAUGAAACUACAUUCGAGUCAUGGUUUCUUACGGCAUUUGACGCCGUUUCUGGAAGUCUCUGGAAAUUGCAGGAAUGGCCUCUGGUGCGGAAAGCUCUAUACUUCGUACCGACCAGCUUGGUUAGUUUGGUUGAUCCACAGAUUGCAUAUGUCGCUCGAAUGCUGAAGUUCGCAGAAAGUUGUCUCCAGCAUUACACCAUUCAUGGCAAUACAACACCACAUCCGGUCGUUUUUGACAAUCUUUCCUCCGUGUCGUACGACUUUAAAGUCACGGAAGCAUUGGAUGUGCUAAUCGCUGGUGCUGACACGACUGCGUCGACUCUAACGACUGGAGUACUUCAUAUUCUCUCAAGUCCUGACAUCCAUGCCAAGCUACGGCAAGCUCUCAACAAUACAGAAGAGCCUACCGGGAUGCAGCUCUUGGAACUAGAAAAGAUCGACUACCUGAUCGCUUGUGUCAAAGAAUCAUUGAGAAUCGGGAUGGCAGUACCCGGACGUCUACCACGAGUGGUCCCGCACGAUCUUCUACAACCUUUCGUUGUUGACAACAAAGUCAUUCCGCCAGGCACUGUCGUUUCAAUGUCCGCCUACACGAUGCACACAAACGAAGAUGUUUGGGGUCCUGAUGCUCAAAAGUUCAAUCCCCAUCGCUGGUUACGGCCAGAAUCCAAGGGCCUCGAUCAGUACCUCUGCACAUUUUCCAAGGGAUCCCGAAUGUGUAUUGGUCAAAAUGUGGCAUAUGCUGAGAUUAUAAUCGUGAUGGCAUACCUAUUCCGCAACUUCGAACUCGGCCUACCACAGGACUUUGUUCCCCCCCAGCGUAGAGACCUGUUUACCAUGGGGUAUUCGCAGCCAGGACUGCCGAUCCAUUUCUCAAGGCUGGAAAAGAAUGGAGUCCGGAGUAGACCAUUGUCGUUGGAUUCCGACAUCACAAAAUAAAGACAUAAAUAUAAUUAGAACUAUUUCGAAAGCAAUCCAUCGUCAAAAUAUCAC